ACCGCGGUUUCGCUGCGGCGCGGACUAUUCACGCAGCAUCGACCGUUGGACCCGUCAUUCCGUGGAUGUGUCUUCGCGAGAACGCGUGCAACACGCUGGCACAUUAACGUUAACACCACCUCACACGUGCCACCGUGAACGCGUGACCCCCACGCACGCACACACGCCCACACGUGCACCCGACACGCGCGCGAUAACUUGUGAUAGUGCUCGCCUCACCCCCGCCGUGGAGGACCCCUGCGCGUGUGAUCGAGGUGUGUCGUUCCAAGGGGUGGAUCGCUGUGACCGCUAGAUAAAGGCUUUUCCCAAGGAAUCCAGGUGCUAGUGAACUAAGAAGGGAGCAGACCCAGCGGAUUUCGAAAGCACGACGAACUCCUCUCGAAGAGAGGUCCGACACGAGGUGACCCUUCAGUGCAAUCGACCUGGUUCUCAGAAGAUCUGGUUCCUCCUCGAUUAAUUGCGAGUCACGCGAUUUUGAGGUCGACACACGCGGUGGAGAUUCGGGUGAAGUGAAGUGGCCAGGAGUUUACUUUCGAACGCGACAUUGUUUUCGUCGGUAACCAGAAAUGGCAUCUGCAGCGGCGGAGUUGGUUGCCGAAAGGGAACCAGAGCCGAGGAUCGAGAUGACGGACAUGAACAGAACGUUCGUGGGCGCCCAGGGAUUGGUGCGAAUGGCCUUGGAUCAGUACACGGAAAUCCUCACGACGGUUUCCGAUCCAAGGGUCAGCGACUGGCCUCUGAUGGACUCGCCCAUACCAACCUUCCUCAUCGUGCUCCUCUACUUGUACGUAGUGACGUUAUUCGGGCCGCGUGUCAUGUCCAAUAGGAAGCCCUUCAAGCUAAGGGGAACGUUGGUCGCUUACAAUGCGUUCCAGGUGGUCUUCUCGUUGGGAAUGCUAUACGAGCACCUGAUGUCUGGUUGGCUGUUGGAUUAUAGCUACAAGUGUCAACCGGUCGACUACUCCCACAACCCUUCCGCGCUGCGAAUGGCGAAACUGUGUUGGUGGUACUUCAUCAGCAAAUUCACGGAAUUCGCCGACACGAUAUUCUUCGUUCUGCGCAAAAAGGACAGCCAGGUGACGUUCUUGCACCUGUACCACCACUCUCUGACACCCCUGGAGACGUGGAUCUGCGUGAAAUUCAUCGCUGGAGGCCAUGGCACUCUGGGAAACCUGAUAAACAACGCGGUGCACGUGAUAAUGUACGCAUACUACAUGGUGUCCGCGAUGGGACCCGAGUACCAGAAAUAUAUAUGGUGGAAAAAACACCUCACCACUGUGCAACUGGUCCAGUUCUUCCUCGUGUUCGUACACAGCACCCAGGCCCUGAUAUUCGAUUGCGGCUACCCAAAACUGGUGGCGGGGCUUCUCCUGCUUCAUUCGUCGAUCUUCUUCGUACUGUUCUCCGAUUUCUACCGACAAGCGUACAGGAAGGCCAGGACGAAGACGGAGCUGAAGGGAGAAUAAAAGAAGGGACAUGAACGCGCGUACUUUCCACGAAUAUCUCUCAAACACAAAUUCCAACCGCCCGCCUCUCGACUCCGCGUACGAUCGAACGAUCGUGGAUCAGUUUACGCAAACAAUAGGAACAGAAAGAAACGCUUCACCUUGUGCGUUUACAACGUCUAUCCGAUUUCAUAGGCGACGAUUCGUCGAACGACUAGGAAAUCACCCGUUGAUCAGGGAACAAUUUGUCGAUAUCGGAUAACGGUUACACAAUGUCGGCUGAUUAGCUUAAUUUACCGACUAUAUCGCGCGGAACUAGUCAUCGAACGUUUCGAGACAACUUUACCGGAUGCUGAUUCGCGAACUCGAUCGUCUGGACGAUCGAUCACGGUCGUUCCAUCGAGGGUGGAGCUUACUGAUUUCCUUCCGUAUGGAAGAGAUUAUCGCAUGUUAUCCCUCGUAUCCUCCGCAGGGCAUCUCAGGUCUCGCGAACAGCUCGGACCAGGGCUUCCGAAGCACUUCUUAAUCCCUUCAAAAGGGGCGACCAGACCGUUAAGCCGCGAAAAAUGUAUUUACAUGGCAGCUAUGGUGCCAACCAUAAUUCUUAUUCAAAAACGCUUUCAACAACAUUAGAAACUCCGAUGCGUCUCAACGUGUAUCUCACUUUAACAAAGUCACUUCUUCAGAGAUCGGUUCGCUGGAGAAAGUGCAUCGGAAACCCAGAAUCGACGUAGCUUCGUGCGAUCGAUUCGGUCCUUGGUGUCGUUAAUUUAAUGAUCCUUAUUUUCUUUUUCUACUUUAGGUGUUACGCGUCGGCAAAUCUCUAAUCAAGGGUAUUGUAAAUAUAGGAGUAGAGUUAGCACCCCGCGGGACACCGUUCUCGCGGAUUUAUUUAAAUCUAUGCGCGAUUUGAACCGAUCGCGCAACUCACGGUACGCGUGCGUCAAGGCGCAAGUUUCGCAAGUGGCGGAAAAACAAAGUUAAAAUUAAGUAAAAAUUUGCGUAGAGAACGCAACGCGUUGCAAAUGUCUCUUCCCUGUACAGAUGAGCUAACUUUUAUCACCUGUGAAAUCGAAGCGUUUAUACUUUUCAUUUUCAACACGAAAAUCAAGCAGUGCUAUUCUGUACACUCUUUAUGGUCCAGAAUAGAAUAUUCUUUGCAAAUAUCAAAGAUUAGAGUUUAUGCAUGGAAGCCGUACUGCGACGAGACUGUUCCAACGCGUUGCAUUCAAGCGGGGAACAGAAACUUGAUGUCAAUGAUGGGCAAAUUUUUAUUCAAAUAACAGAUGACGAUUUAUUCGCGAAAA